AUGUAUACGGCGUAUUUCGAAGCCGACGAAAACGGUAAUCUACACUCUGCCAGCGGCAUCAACGUGCCCGGCUGGCUUCGUGACAUGAUCGAACGAGCAUAUGCCUCGAGCGGCCUCCGAAUGAACAAGAGAGUCGCCUCGAGCGAGGCCAUAGAGUCGCUAGAAGAAGUGCCUCCUGAGCUUCUCAAGGAGCUGACGUGUCCAAUUUGCUACGAAAAGUACGAGGUGGACCAGAACAAGAAGCAGAAGGUGGAUACCAAAGUUGAAAAGAAACAGAGCGAAGAAACGUCGCUAGACAAGGCAAGAGCCAAAUUUUUGGGAAACGAAGCCCAGGUUUUUGUAGAGCCCGAGCUGAGCAGACUCAAGUUUAAAGAUCCAUCCCUUUUCAUGCCCGUGGACGCUGGAUGUGCCAAUCCACUCAGGUUUCCUCAGUACAAGAUCACCAGCCGAGAAGAGGUCACCAAUGAGGACAUGUUCCCGUCAUUGAACGAUUUGAACCAGAGCAAGAAAAAGGACAAGGAGGAGACGCGGCACGUGGCGAUGAAAAUGCCCAACUGCCACCAUGUGUUUGGCAAACUGUGCAUCAUCGAGUGGCUCAAGGGAAAUGUCUCGUGCCCGCUUUGUCGUAAGGAGGUGGAGAGCGUGCGGGACAACGACCCAAUUGCAAAGAAGAUGGAGACACUUUUACGCAACUGCAACUUCAUAUUUGCUGCAGACAAGGACGUGGUGUUGAAGCAUUUGGUGCGCCGACUGACAAAUGUGUUUGAGCCGCUCAAAAAGCCGUAUAAUCCUGCGGUCACUCCUCUCACAGACACCACUGUUCCACAGCACUGGGCCCGUCCUAGUCUACCCGAGGGGUACGCUCCCGAUGUGACGGAGAACCCCGACCCUCUGCUUGUGAUGGCGAGGAAGUUUCCGCUCUCAAGCUUUCAGUCAGCCCCAAGGCGGUCAUUUUUUGCCAGACAGUAG